GCCUACAGAACGAAGCCAACAUUCUUAGGCGCUACCAGUCCAAGACUCCGUUCCUUCGCCCUAUCAUCGAUAAGGUCCAAUAGCUAGCCGAUCCGCCCUUCCAUCAUUCCAAGGUUUUUAGACAGUGAAAUUCUCACGGAAUCGAAGCAGAAGUGGCUGUCGCGCCCCUAAAUUAAGCACGUAGCCAGGUGCAUCCUCAAGGAUGGCAUGGUUCACACGGAUGUGAAAUUAGACAGCGUUUUUGCCAACUACGGCCAAAGCGACCAGUGCUUCUCAGAUAUCCAACUUGGUGACUGUGGAGGCGUUGUCUUUAAAGACUCAGGAUUCGCUAGGGAGGGCCACCUUAUUGGAGCUGCCCUCACGUGUAUCCCGGAAGCCAUGUUUCAGCUUUCUUGGCGCACAUCGACAAACGUCUGGUCAUUUGAAAAUGCGAUCCUUAGCCUUAUGCAUGGAGAGGGUCGUCACCACUUCGAUCCUGGCUGGGAAGGAAUCAAACCAGAAGACCAGGAUUAUGAAACCACAGUGGUGAAGCGAAUUCUUUCGGUCCGUUCCUACCAUCGAUUGCCGACAUCAUUGAGUCGGACACCUUCGAGAUCAUCCACUUCCUUACUCGGCAAGGACCUCCGCAAAGGCCACUUCAACGGUGAACGACGAUAUAACUUCCUCUUGCCGAAGACAAGUUCAUAAGGCGAACCCUGAAACUAGACCUCCGGACAGGCCGACAGUGGAGGAAAUUCUUUAGGAUGAAUGGUUCAGAGGAAUCAGACGAUACCCGGGAACCCAUACCCACGGGUACAAAAACGGUCAGGCGACGAGGCUAACAGCUAGCGCCAUGGCUUUUAGCACAACUUAUAGACUGCGGAUGUCUGGGCCCUUAGUGUGGAAUGAUCUGAAAGGCCCCAACUCAGACUAGUGAAAAUUCGACUACUUCGAGGCGCAGGCUAUACCUCCC